AGCUCUCUGGUGUUGGCAUUAGCAAUGACCUCAUUCUCAUUGACACCUUCAUCAGAACUGGCAAUGGUUUCUACCUGGAGCUGGAACCCAUCAACAAUCACUGUGCUUGGAGCUGUCUGCACCAUCUUCCUCAUCCUCAUUUACCACAGGACCAUCAGCCUCUGUUUGCUUGAAGUCUUCAGGACUCUGUGGAGGAAGGUGUUGAUUGUUAUGAACCGGAGAGGCUCACCAGUAGACUCAUGCGACCAUGGCGGUCUAAGCUCGACGACUCUAGAGAAGCUUCCUGCAAUUCAAUUCAAGACGACGACUGACAUAGAAUGCGGCAAGGCAGAUGGGGGUUGUGCCAUUUGCUUAGGAGAGUUCAUGGAAGGUGAGUGGCUGAGGUCGCUCCCCAAGUGCUGUCAUGUGUUCCAUACCUCAUGUAUAGAUGCAUGGUUUCAUUCCCACUCAAGCUGCCCUCUUUGUAGAACAGUUAUUGCGUGCAAUUCUAACUGCCACCCAAGCAAAUCCCUGCCAACAUUGUUGGGGACACUAGUCAGAGAGGGCGUUCAUGGAGAAAGACGCUCUAGCUAUCAUUUACACUUCCCUAUUCCACUCCUGCCUUCAUCAGACUCCGCGAGUUCGCAGAGAACAGGCGCAGUUGAUCAUGGAGCAGGAAACCCAGAAUCAAGCUCAGACCCACCAAGCACAAACUUGUUUGUCCAUGAUCAACAUGUUCCUGGUCAGAGUUAGGCACCCGACCCAAUAAUAAGCUCGGCUUCAAUGAUAGAAGACUCUGAGCAUGAAAGUACCACCAUCUCAGUUCUUCCUGACUCUGUUUUAUAGUUAGAAAUGGUUGGUAUUUCUUUGAUGAAAAAGUAAGUGGCAGAAGGCAUAAAUAGACGCAACUAACACAGAAAGCAAGUGCAGAAACGAUGUUGGCGUCUUCCAAAUAAUUACUAUGCUUGAGUUUUGAAACGGAAUGGAGGAAGGUAGAGUUUGUUUCUUAGCUCUGGACGAUGAUGGCAUUCUCCUUUGUUUUAUACGGCCCAUUUGUACCCAUCAAGGCUCACAUGGCUACUGCAGAAAAGGUCGCUUCAUUUACAUCAUCACAAAUUUGUAGAUGGUUGAGGAAAAUGUCUAUAGAACCAAAAGAGGGAGCAGUUGGAUCUACUUUUCACUCUUUAUUUUUGUUAAUCGAAGUACAAAUACAAAUAGCCACUCUAUGGAAGGGCUGGGUUCACCUUUUCCUUACCAGCUUCAAAGCUGGUAGGCACAUUUUUUGAGACCCUUUAACAGUUUGGUUGUGUGAAAGUAGAAACUUCUUGUGGUGAUUGAUGAUGCCAGUCUACUGUCUACCUUUUCCAGAUAGCGUCUAGAUUCAGCAGAUACAGUCCGAGUUUGUGAAUUCCUGCCACUGCAGUAAAAAACUGAAUAUUUGACAUGAUUGG